GAUUCAGGAAGCCAGGUACAGGGACAGGGACAGGGACAGGGACAGGGACAGAACUGACUCACGCAGGGAAUAAAGAUGAUCGCCUGAGAGACAUGGAGACGGCGAAAACCAGCCAUCCCUCCAAGACACCUAACCAAAGCACAGGAAGUGAUGCCGUUCCCCUGGAGGGUAUGGACUCCAAUAACCAGAGGAAGGAUGCCCGAGCAGAGACGCCAAAGGAGGGGGAGAGAGAUGCUGAAGUGGACAACGUCCCAGAUACCACUGUGCCAGCUGCAGAUGUAGUCGAUGGCCACCGGGUGGCGCUAGACAAGCACCGAUCCAACACAGUGGGCCCGCAGAAGAAACAGAGGCAGAGGAUUGUGGAUUUUGGAACAGUAAGCAAGGCCUCAGCUGUCAGUGUCAAAUCCAGAACCCCACUCAUUCAGGGCCUCUUCAUACAGGGAGCAUCUGACAAGACUCCAGUCACGGAGGGUGGGUCUCUGGAGGAGCUGAAACAGGCUCUCGAGUCCUACGCAGUACCCGUGGACCUAACUUGGAAGUGGGCAGAGGAAGGGGACGUCCACAUACUGGAGGAGAGCUGGACUGAGCUAGUGCAUUCUCACUGGAUGAUGUCAAAGACACAACGUCACCAGCAGGAGGCACUGUGGGAGUUCCUCCACACUGAGCUCACUUACAUCAACAAGAUGAUCAUCGUCACUGAGCUGGUGAUGGCUGCGCUGUCUAACUUGCACCAGCAUGGGUAUCUGCGGGAGGUCACCUCAGAAAAACUGUUCUCGAACCUUCCAUCCAUUCUUGCAGCUCAUCAACGUUUUUGGCAGGAAGUGAUGUGCCCCAUUCUGCAAAUGGCUCGAAAGGAAGGGCGUCCGUUUGACCCCCUGAUGUUGGAGCCUGGCUGCUUACAGUUUCCAGAGCGUUUCCCGUCAUAUUUUCAGUACUGUUUGGAAGAGGAGACGGCAGUGGAUUUCACACGAAAACAGACGGAGUCUAACCCCCACUUCUUCGCUUUCCUAACGUGGGUAGAGACACACCCCCAGUGUUCUCGCAUGCGCUUGGGCGACAUGCAGGCGAAGCCACACCAGAGGAUUACCAAGUACCCUCUGCUUCUCAAGGCCGUUCUGAAGAGCACAGAGGACUCUGAGACCCAGGACUCCCUCAAGAGGAUGCUGUCCAGCGUAGACAACUUUGUGGACAACAUCAACAAUCACCUGGUACAGAGGGACGAGGAGCUUGCCUUGUUUCAGUGCUCCCAAAGAAUAGAGGGCUACAACGUGAUGGAAGGAAUGAGCGAAGAAAUUGACAAGCAUGUCAAGGAUUUCUGCCAGUUUGAUUUGAUGAGUCCCGUGCGGGGGCUGGGCCCUGAUGUUAUCCGCAAGCUUCUAUUGGAGGACACCAUCAAGAUUAGAGGAAGAAAAGACAGCAAGGUUGAGGCGGUGCUCCUUCUCUUCUCGGAUGUGAUGCUGGUGACCAAAGGCCAGAGGAAGUCAGAGAAACUGAAAGUAGUGCGCCCCCCACUGGCCCUGGACAGAACUCGCUGCUCUGCCCUCAAAGACGGCUACUCCUUUGUCCUGGUUGAAGUGAGCGAUCUGGGCUGUGCUGUGAGCGUGUAUGCAGUCUCCACCUCCAGCCCAGAGAGCUGCUCUGCUUGGGUUUCUGCCAUUGAAAGCGCCCAGGACUCUUUAAGGACACAGAGAGCAAGUGGAGUGAGUGCGGAACCAGAUGUUGAGUCCGUCUUCGUUGAAGAGGUGCAGCUGGACCAAUCAGAGUCCAGGGUCGACCCUGCAUUGAAUAACGCUGCUGUCGACCCAAUAGAGAGCCAGUCAGAGGGAAGCAUCACACCUCAGCAGCUAACAGAGGAAGUUACAUCAGCAGAAAAUGCAGAUGCAGAGUUACCGGGAAAACGGCGCAAGUUUAGUGAGUCGCGCAGCCAGUCAAUGUACAGCAAUCUGGGACAGGUAGUGAGAAGCACUCCAAGCGAAGGUAUGCCGUCACAGCCUGGCUCUCGGAAGAACAGUGAGGGCAAGUUGUGCGAGAUUUUUGUGCCUGGUAUUCAGGAGAGGAGAGUCACCUGGAGUCAGUCACGUCAAACAUCAGCCAAACACGUCCCAUCCUCAAAAGACACGGCUCGUGCAGAUAGGCCAAUCACCCCACAUGCUUUGCUGCUGAGUGGAUACACAGAAGAGGCGAUCACACAGAGUGAAUCAGUGCCUAGCACAUUCUCAGUGAUCACUGAAUACGUCAGUGUUGAACCUGAUGUCAGCCAGUCCGAUUACCUCAGAGUCAAGUCAGCUCAGCAAUCAGUCAGAUCCAACCAAUCAGACCAGUCGGAGGGAAACCAAUCGAGGCGGGACUCGUGGUACAACCAGUCAGGCGAGGAUGAGUCUUUGAUUGAGUCACGGAGGUUUUCACGCAAGCUGAAGUCUCCCCGGCUACGAAGGAGGCGGCAGAUAAACAACCAGGCAACUACUGAGCCGGUGGACACUGGUCAAGCUCCGACAGGUCGGCCGCGAAACACCAACUCCUCAUCCAACUCUGACUCCGACGGCAGCCACCGUCAGCAUGGCAAACAGGCGGUGGGCUCCCACCGCGUGCUCAAGCUGAGCUCCCUCAAAAAGAACCGAGGCGUGCUCUGGAUUGCGGACCAGCCGGACAGACUGUCGCCAGAUCUGAACACCUUCUCAGAGCCCGAGCUGCCCUGGAGAGCGCCUGACAAAACAACUCACAAUCCCCCACUGAAGACCCAGAGGAGCUCGUCCAUCCCAGAAGCAAUCUUCCAGGAGCCUCUGCUCCACUCACCACCCAAGAAGCACUUGAGGCCUCCACCUGCCCCAUCCCCUCCGCCGAGCAACUUCCAACUCAAGGAUUCCCCUCUGGAGAGCAUUCUGGAGCGUGCCAAAGGGCGCGAGAAGGGGCGAGAGGGGGCAAAAAAUGGUGGCAGGAAGGACGAAAAGUCCCCUACGACUCCAGAGCGUCCACCUUCGUCCUCGUUCUCCACAACCUCCUCUACGUCACCCAGUGACGGGGACCGAGAGACGGAGGGGGAGGAGGUGAAACCCAACAGUCUUCCAGUGACCAGGCUGCUCCAUGGGUGGCGAGAGGGAAACGUGGACGGGAGUGAUGAUGAGAGGAAGAGCAGCCCUAUGGCGGCUAGUGUUGACUGGCCAGGCUGGUGCUUUGACGAUGAAGAAAUCACCCACUUCUUGUCCCCUAAUAAUGACGAUAGCUGGGACGAGCUGGAGAAAACACUAACUUCCAUGGACUUCAGCCACAAAGGGCCGCAAGAGGAAGGCCAGUGUAGUGAGGUUUAAUAGGUGGGAAGAAGGGGACAAAGAAGAUUUUGUUUAAACUUAGACAACGUACUUGUCUAGCAUUUGUGUGAAAUAUUUGUUAUUUGACUUGUCUAGAAAGGUGUUAUUUCAGAGCAUAGAACAUUUCAGCUCCUUUUAGGGUGUAUCUUCAGCUCUCAUUUGUUACUGUAAUUUGCUUGUAAUAUUGUGUACAUAUUGUGAGUAUUGUAAAUAUUAUUUUUGUAAUUCUGUAUUGUAAAUAGUGUAUAUCAAUUAAAACACUGUAAAUAUCU